AUGUCGGAUCAAGAUUUCGAGGAAUGGGGUGGUUUUUCGGAGGACGGCCUGUCAGAUGACGAAGAUGCCAUCCCAAUAUACCCAGAGGGAGGAGCCCUUUGCAAUGACGGCUCGACAGUAAAAGCAGAUACUAUUCAACAGCUUCAGGACGCAAUCAACGCCCACGGCAAGGCCAACGGAUAUGCAGUAAAUCGCCAGAACGCCUCCAACCGUAUAGCAGGCCAACCGACUUACUACACCAUCGUCUGUGACCGCUUCGGUUUGCCUAGACCUACCGAGGGAGUCCGGCUACGCAAGUCCAGCACUCGCAAGUCUGGCUGCAAGUUCAAGGCAUCGGCAAAGCUCACAGAUGAAGGAUGGGUGUUCAGGCAUCAUAAGGAUCCUCGUUACCACGUCCACAACCACCCGAAGUCCCUCGAUCCCUCGGCUCACCCACAACACCGGAAGAUAAAGUCCCCGGUCAAGAACCUUGUGAAGAAGAUGUCCAGCUAUAGCGCCAUCAAAGCACGCGAGAUUAGCAAGAUGGUAGAGGAGGAGGAACCCAAUUCGCACUUCACCAUCAAGGAUAUCAACAACGCCAGACAGGCAUUCCGUCGACAGGAAAAGGAUGGUUGUUCAGCCUCCGGGGCUGUGAUCAAGGCUUUUGACCAGGAAGGAGUCCUAUAUGUCCCGAAAUGGGAUACCCGAGAUCCCAACCGCCUUUUGGGCAUCGCUUUUACCUUCCCAGAGUGUCAGGAGAUGUGGAAGCGCUUCCCAGACUGCCUCAGUUUUGACAAUACUCACAGUACCAACGCACUUGGAUUUCCCCUGUUUGUUAUUACCACUCAGACGAAUAUCAACUCUACUGCAAACGUUGCCUUCGGCUUGAUCAAUAACGAACGCCGUGAGGGCUUUGAUUUCCUUGCUCAGGGAGUCAAGGAACUCCAGGUCCAACUUGAAGCCCGAUCUCCAGCCGUAACGAUCCUUAAUAAAGACGAAAGGAUGAGGGACGCCCUGAAGGAGACGUUUCCGGAUGCCCAACAACAGCUGUGCCGUUUCCAUAUCAACAAGAACGAAGAACCCUCUGAGGAUCGUCCUGGAUCCCGGACCAAGAUCACCCACGAUGCUGAGGGCGUUCUUACCAUCUGGAAGAUCCUGGUACGCGCCAAGACUAAGGAGGAAUUUGUGAGGAUCUGGACAUGGCUUAUUGCGGAGUUCUCCGACCAGGAGGAGAUCCUGCAGUAUCUCCAGGCUGAAUGGCUCCCUCUGAGAGAACAAUGGGCGGAAUACUGUACUCGGAGGCACCUGAAUUUCUCCCAAUCGGUCACGUCUCAGACCGAGUCCUCUAACUUCAACAUCAAGAGUUAUCUGGUAACCGGCAAAAGCGAUUUCUUACGCUUGACAAAGGCUCUCAAAGAAAUGUGCCAGAAUCAGCACCGCAACUACAAUCAGGAGGUGGCAAAGCAGAUGACGAGGAUUAAGAUGGACUACUUACACCAAGAUUACCUAGGUGAUCUCCCUCAAGCCGUCUCUCUCAAAGCUCUAGAGCAUAUUACUCGCGAGAAACGGCACGCGCAGAAGGCAUUGAACAAUGCCCGCGAUACAGGAUCCGAAGAAGUCCCAGUCUGCGAUGAUUCCUGUACAAUACAGCUACAGUUUCGUCUUCCUUGCCGGCAUAUUAUUCACCAGCGAUUGAAGGAUAAGGAGCCUCUUACUUUGCAGGAUCUUGAUCCACGCUGGCUCCUUGAUUCGAGGAUCGAUUGUCAAGAGAGAUAUAUUCGAAUCAGGGACCCCAAUCCAGCUGAACGGCGACGUGGGCGUCCCAAAAAUGAGCCCAUACCAGUCACCAGAGAACUCUGCCUCCCCGGCCAAGUCAGCCUUCGACCUCCAGCCUCACAGAGAGGUAACCGACAGUCCCAACGAGGUUGGAGAGGCAGUCGGCGCGCCCGCAACCCAAGAGCGGCUCGAGGCCACGCAUCAGCUGGAAGACUCAAUCCGAGUGUGAGACGGCGCCUGUCGCAAUGGGAGAUAGAACCAGAACAGCUGGAUGACCUCGAAUCCAGGCCUGAAAUCGAAUCGGAGCCGGAACCAGAGAUUAUAGUCAAUACUUGGCGUGGAAAGGACCCAGAACGCCGACCUGAGAACGCCCCAAGGAUCUCCGGGCCGGCUAGAAGUCAGGGUGCCGUCCCCAAUCAGACUCUGCGGACUACUCGGAGUGGGCGUACAGUGAUGCCAGUCGCGCGUAUUCAGGAGUCUCAGGAGCAGCCUGCAAGGGCUAGGAAACGCCCACGCCGCUGCUGA